AUGUCAAUCGAGAUCGUCCCGCUGGCCGAGGCCGAUAUCGCGGGUGUCGUAGACUGUGUGCAGAAAACCUUCGCAGAUGACCCUUUUUUCCGGUGGGCCUUUGAUGCAAACAAGUUCAAAGUUGAACGAAAUGCAGCCUCGAUGGCGGCACACCUACGAUUCAGCCUCAACUGCGGCUAUCCGGUCUUCGUCGCAAAAGUGGGUCGCGCAGCAAAUGAAUACAAAACCGACCACGAAAUCAGACUAGUGCCAGGCACCAUUGUUGGCUUUAGCUGGUGGAGUCCCCCUGAAGCAUCCGCCAUGCCCCAGACAUGGUCUGUCUGGGCCCAAGAAUGGCUCCUCUCCUUCCGACAGCUCGCGUUCAAUAUCCGCUUUGCCGGCCGUGGCGGUCUACAAGUUCGCCGAUACUGGCUUUGGAAGAAGGCCCAGAAGGAAACACAGGACGACAUCUGGACUGACCCCCGUGGUUACUACUAUUGCAGUCUGCUGGGUGUCAGCUCACAGGUUCGCGGUAUGGGGGUUGGAAGACGGCUUAUGGAGACCAUCUUGCAAAGGGCAGAUGAAGAGGGUAUCUCUUGCUAUCUAGAAAGCUCAAAGGGGUAUCCCAAUAUUGCCAUAUAUGAGAAGAUGGGAUUUCAGGUCAGCAAGGAGAUCAUGUGUGAUGAUGGCGGGGAUGUUUGCAAGCUGUAUGGCAUGACUCGCAAACCCAAGACCAAGGCCUAA